AUGGCGGUCACGGAUUUCGUCUUCUACCACUACACGCCAUCGAUGGCAGCAGCCAUCGUGAUGUGCGUAGUGUUUUUCAUCGUAGCCGCUCUCCAGAUCUGGUUUUUGCUCAGGCACCGAACCUGGUAUUUCGCACCGUUCGUCAUUGGCUGUCUCUUCGAAGGCGUGGGUUACAUAGGACGCAUCCUCUCGUCGACGGAGGCUCCCAACUAUACCAAGACCCCAUACAUCAUCCAGUCUCUACUCCUCCUCCUCGGCCCGACCUUCUUCGCAGCAUCCAUCUACAUGGUCCUCGGGCGAAUCAUCACCCUCCUCCACGGCGAGCAGUUCUCCAUGGUCCCGCCCAAGUGGCUCACCAAGGUGUUCGUCAUGGGCGACGUCCUCUCGUUCUUCAUCCAGAGCGGCGGAGGCGCCAUGCUCUCCAAUGCCAAGUCCGAGUCCAAGAUCAAGACGGGCAACUGGAUCAUCGUCGCUGGUCUCGGUGUCCAGAUCGUCUUCUUCGGCCUUUUCGUCAUCGUCGCCCUGCUGUUCCACAUACGCAUCCGGAAGUACCCUACCAUGCGGGCCAAGACGACCAGUGCCCCCUGGCAGGCUCUGCUGUACGUUCUGUACGCGAGCAGCUGCCUGAUCCUGAUCCGAUCCAUCUAUCGUGUGGCCGAGUACAUUACGGGGUCCAAUGGAGUCAUUCAGGACAAGGAGUGGUGGCUGUAUGUGUUUGAUGCCGUGCCAAUGGUCUUGGUCACCAUCUUGUUUUGCGGUUUCCACCCGAGCCGUGAGGUGGGCUCUGAGGCCCAUCUCGAUGUAUGA